AACAACCCAAGAAGGUUAAAAGUAAUGUCAUACCAUUCACCCUUUCAUUACAGAAAAGUUUGAAUAAGUAUCAAAGGCAAAGCCGAAAGCCAAUCCAUUUCAAACAGGUCACCAUGUGGAAUGUUAGAAGAUAGAACAGGAACCAUCAUUGUUUUUUUGUUGCACUCAAUUGUAGCCACCAAGUCUCAUGGUUGGUGGAGUGAGGAUACAUGGCUAUGGUGAGAUUCCAUUGACAAGUGCUUCCAUUGUUUGUAUAUAUGGCAGUGGGAGGUCACUGGUUACUAAACCCUUAAGAAUAUGCUGCUACAAUUGCAAAAAUUCGAAGGAACCAACCAAAUGGGAAUUAGUUCAAGUGAGUUUCUGGGGUGUGCUCAAAAUGAAUCAGUUAAGCAUUUGUUUAAUACCUAGGAUUAUAGUUUUGAGAGACAUUUUGAAACUUAGAAAAUAAUGAAGCAUUUGGCUAUAAAGUGUUUCAAAGUUUGUCAAUGAGCAGCAGUAGGAGUUUUGUGUGGCACUUCUCCUUGAGGGCAAGGACAAUUUUAUGGGGAUUGGAGUGUAUCAGUGGUAUAAGUAUAGAAGGUGCAAAGGAAACAAGUCAUUUUAAGUGGAAGAAGUUGCGUGUUGGAAGUUGCAAUUCCUUAGGAAGUGUUCAUGUUUCUCACAUGUUAAUUCCUGGGAAUCUUCCACGAUUUUGGAAAGAAUUUGUCUAGUAGCAUACCAGCAAAGAAGCCAUGGGAUUUCAAAAAUAUAGUCCUGUACUUGGAACACCAAGCCAAUAGUAUUCCCUUACAAGAUGCACUGAAAACUGUCUCAAAGAAGAUUGGAAUCAAGAAUUUGUUAGUAACAACUAAGAAAUAGAAGGAACUGCAGGCAGGGACUAUGACAAUAGAUAAAUGGAGGACUUACACUUUACAUAAGGAAGUUGUUGAUGAGGGAAUUGUUCUAGCUUCAUUGCUUAGUGUUUUUCUGAAUUUUAAGCAUCCAUAGUAUUCUGAUAGGAUUGAGGACAAACUCAAACGAGGUUUUGCGGCUUAGCUUAUUGCACAACUGUGGCCUGUGUCUCAUUACACAACCCAAUACCCUGCGUUCAUCAUUGCUUCCCAUUCAACCAUUAGAGGGAAGAACCUCUGUUCUAUUAUUUAUUAUUAUUUUUUUUAUAGUUGUUCUAUUGAUUUUUUUACUGAUGUGGAUUAACGGAAUUUGUUGAUUUUUUGGCUGGGUAUAUCUCAAUUUUAUCCAAAGUAAUUAUUUGAUAUAAUAAUAAUUAUGAUUAUUGAGCCGUAACUCUGCCACAUGGUUAUCAUUUUAUUAUUCAAUUUUAUUAUAGGGUGGUGUUAUAGGGACAACCUUUUUGUUCCUACUUCUUUAUACAACUUUCACAUGUCAUUAAAUGAGUAGAUUCAUUCAAUAUCAUAGGUUUCACAUGAAUUAAAAAAACCAAUCAUUUUAAUGACACAUCAGGUUGUACAAAAAGGUGGGAUAAAAAGAUUGUACAAAAAGCAUUUCCCUUUAUUAAAAGAUUUUUUUAAAGAUGAAGUGGGGUCUGCUGCCACGUAGGCAGAAUACAUGGCAAUUUCAUUC